CUUAACUUGUUCAAUCAACUACUAAAUUUCAGAUUCGUUUUUAAAAUGAAUACAAAAUUCUGUGUGCUGGUUUUGCUCGUUGUUUGCAUUGCUAGUUUUGUGUCGGCGAAGCCACAAGGAGACCUUAAAGCCUCUACCGACUGUGGGGAAAAUGAAGAAUACACAACCUGCGGCAACGUCUGCCCAAAGAGAUGCGUAGGAGGCCUUCCUUUCUGCUCACUGCGCUGCUUCAUUGGUUGUCGUUGUAAGAGUGGUUAUGUGUUGAAUAAAGAGAACAAAUGUGUGCUUCAAGAGGAUUGCUAAGUGAUAAAUGUUGAUGAGAAUAAUUAUGUAAUAUUUUGAAAAAAAAAAAAAAAUUAUUAUUUUUUUAUUGUUGAAUUUUCACUGUUUUAAUUUUGUGCUGUCUGCCAGCUGUAAUAAAUA